ACACACAAGACGACUCAGGCACAGGAGUUUCCUGCACAACGCAAGCGACCAGAGCAAAAUGACGAUGACUGUCCUGUGUGACACGGCCAUGGUCAAGUUCCUGCUGCUGUUGACAUUGUGGCUUACCCUCCUGGGGGAGGUGGCAGCUCAGAAACCCCCCAGACCUGGGGAUUCUGGCCUCUGCCCCUCUGUGGAGGACCACAUUGUGAAGGUUGACAUCCGUAUCCGCAGGCGGAACCAGGGAGUUUUCAUCUCACGCAACUUGCAGAACCGCUCCAUCUCCCCCUGGGAUUACAACAUCACCCGGGACGCCAACCGGUUCCCCUCUGAGAUUGCGGAGGCCCAGUGCAGACACAUGGGCUGCAUCAACGCGGAGGGACAGGAAGACAGGACCCUGAACUCCGUCCCCAUCCAGCAGGAGUUUCUGGUCCUCCGGAGGAAGCGAAAUGGCUGUCCUGGCUUGUUCCAACUGGAGAAGGUGCUGGUGACCGUGGGCUGCACCUGCGUCACCCCCAUGGUCCGCCACCUGCAUGACCCGAUGGCAGAUCAGGUGGCAGAUCAGCUCAGCUGAAGAAGCUGUGGAAAUGCCCCUCCUUAGCCAGAGCUCUGUCAUGAGUCCUACGUGGUUCCCAUUUCUCUCCACUUCCCAGGUCUUUUCGUAAUAUCUGCACGGGAUUCUCCAGAUUUUGUAUUAGAUAGAGUCAUUUUCUGGGGCUUCAGCAUCUUUAUAUGGUCCUGAGAUGUUCCAAUGACCCAACCCCCUAAAAAUAGAUGGAAGAGAAUGCAGGUCCCAUUCUGCUUAUGUGCUAUGAUGACCAUCUCCCUGGUCAUGCAGUCAGUGGGUGGGGGCUCUGCUAGCAAAACUGACUUCUGGCUCACAAGUGCAACAGAUACAUAACCACCAUGUAAGAGAGUGUGGGAGGGGCUGUGCAGGAUGGGGCGGGUGGAAAGGGUGGGGCUAAGGGCCUAGCACAUGUUUAUUAAAAUUGCUAAAUACAGAUGAGGUUGGCCUGAUAUUUAUACUUGUAAGGAAACUCGCCAGGUAUUUAUGAUGUAUUGACUAUAUAAAAUUCUGGGAGAAAAAUUAAUAUAUCAAGGGCUAAUAUAAUAAACUGUUAAUGGUUGA